UGUAUAGUCUAAAGAAUCUACUAGUCUAUUUAAAAUAUAUUUCCACUAACAUGCAGAUCCUUCAAUGGCUUUUCAAGAAUGCAAAUGAGACCAAUUUUAACACCAAUUCUAGCAAGAAGCAAGUUGUUACUGAUGAGGAAGUGAAAUCCCAAGGCAUUGUCCUGUUUGGGAUUUCUCGAAAAAAGAGAAAUCGAGCGGGAAAAUCAGCAAAUUCAUGCUGCUGCAACAUCCUCAAUUUGUUCAACACAUUACGCAGAAAAGACAUUGAGAAAGAUUAUUUCUACAGCACGAUUCGUCUAAAGAGAUUGGAAAGUUCGCGAAGGAAACAACAAUUUGUAGAUUGCAUGAAGAUGAAAAAACAGAGUCUUACUCGUGGAUUAAGCUUUCGUCGAAAGUCAGAUUCUGCCACAGCCAAAGUUUUGCCAGUUAGUGAUGGCCAUAAGGAGCAAAAUUUUAAUGCAGAUAAGAAGGAAAAGGCUAAUGGAGAUAAAAUCAAGACACUUUCAAAGAUGAAGGAACUAAUAAGAUGGGCUGCUGCUGCUGCUAAAUCACAAAAGGGAGGAAAAUACUUUGGUCAAAAGAUUUUUUAUGUUGUCACUAAUGAAAAUGUGCCUGGACCAGAAAGUGUGGCCACACUUUCAAAAGUUCUGCACUUACGCGAUAGGUCGGACUUAAAGGCAGUACCAAAUGAUGAUCAACUGAGCUAUGACUCUCCAAAGAUCAGCUUCAGAUGGGAUGUUGAUCAAAAUUACUCUGCAAUUUCAGUGACAAAAAAUCACCAAUCUAUAAAAAACUCCCCCUUUAACUCAACUAUGGUCCAUAUAGAUCAGUGCCCUGCAGCAACAAGAAAAGGAAAUUGGGUUACCACAGAUUCUGAAUUUGUGGUACUAGAGCUAGAGCUAUGA